AUGUCGGGCCUAUUUGGCGGCGGCGCGGCGGCCGCGCAGCCCAACACGGUCGGCGACCUCAAGAACGACGUGGCGAUCGCGAAUCCGCCCGAAGACAGCAUCUCAGAUCUCGCAUUCAACCCGAACCAAGCAGACCAGAAGGACUUUCUCGCCGUGUCAAGUUGGGACAAGAAGGUGCGCAUCUACGAGGUACUCGGCAACGGCACCGCGGAGGGGAAGCACGCCUACGAGCAUGACGGUCCGGUAUUUAGCGUCGACUACUACAAGGACGGCACCAAGAUCGUGUCGGGCGGCGCAGACAAGCAGGCCAAGGUGUGCGACAUGAACACGGGCCAGACGGUGCAGGUGGCGGCGCACGACAAACCUGUGCGGUCGGUGCGGUGGUUCGACAACAACGGCAGCCCGAUGGUCAUCACGGGCUCGUGGGACAAGACAGUCAAGUACUGGGAUAUCAGGCAGCAGACACCCGCAGCGACGCUGCAGUGUCAGGAGCGCGUCUACACCAUGGAUGUCCGCGACAAGCUGCUGGUCAUCGGAACGGCGGAUCGCUACAUCAACGUGGUGAACCUGAACGAGCCUCAAAAGUUCUACAAGACUCUGCAAAGUCCGCUCAAGUGGCAGACGCGUGUGGUUAGCUGCUUCACCGACGCCAACGGUUUUGCUAUCGGCAGUAUCGAGGGCCGUUGCGCCAUUCAAUAUGUGGAGGACAAGGACUCCAGCUCCAACUUCUCAUUCAAGUGCCAUCGAGAUGCGCCACAGGGCAGCGUUACUAGUGUGCACGCCGUCAACGACAUCUCAUUCCACCCGGUACACGGCACCUUUAGCACGGCCGGUUCCGAUGGCACGUUCCACUUCUGGGACAAGGAUGCAAAGCACCGUCUCAAGGGCUACCCCAACGUCGGCGGCAGCAUCACCGCGACGACCUUUAACAAGAACGGCAACAUCUUUGCCUACGCCGUCAGCUACGACUGGGCCAAGGGUUACCAGGGUAACAACAGCACUUAUCCCAACAAGGUCAUGCUCCAUCCCGUUCAGCAGGACGAGUGCAAGCCUCGUCCGUCUGUGAAGAAGCGAUGA